AUGUCUCUCCCGGGCCUGGAGCUUACCCAGCCCUCAGAGGAGAGGCACCAUGCUGCCGCCCCUCCCUCACAGAUCAACCUGCCUGCAGGUUCCGAAUGGCGAUUUGAAGUCGCAUUUGGACACAGCAUUAAGGUGAAACUUCUCACCGGCACGGCUGAGCUCUUCGGCACCGAACUCGCCGAAUCGCAGACAUACACCUUUUGCGGAACGAAAGGCGCAAUCUACACCUGGUAUGGCUGCGAAUUAGAAGUAAGCGCCGGCGAAACAAACACAGCGACCCUAGAUGGGGUGACGCCGACAGCCGGCCACGGUGCUGGAGGUUGUCAGAGUGAAUACGUCGCAGAGGACACGCCAAUGGUAGAAUAUGCGAAUGCGCAUUUUGCGCUCGAGACGAUGCGAGACGAGACUCAGGGUUCCGGCAAGGACGGCCCUCGAGUUCUAUUACUGGGCCCCGAAAAUGCCGGCAAGACUACUGUAGCAAAGAUUCUGACUGCCUACGCUACGAAGAUGGGCCGACAGCCGAUCGCAGUGAAUCUGGACCCCAGCGAGGGAAUGCUCAGUGUCCCCGGAACUCUCACAGCCGCUGCAUUUCGAACAAUGCUAGAUGUCGAAGAGGGUUGGGGUAGCUCCCCAAUGUCCGGACCUAGCUCUGUACCAGUGAAACUGCCUCUUGUCUACAGUUACCCGCACCCCAGCCCCCUCGACGCUGAUGGGUCUGUGUAUCGACCGAUUGUGUCGCGACUGGCUUUGUCUGUUACAGGACGCAUGGCCGAGGAUGAAGAUUCCCGUGAGACGGGGAUUAUCGUCGACACACCAGGGAUCCUGAGCUCUGGAAAGCCAGGCACCUUGGAAAUAAUCAACCACAUCGUCACGGAAUUUGCCAUCACUACAAUCAUAGUUUUAGGAUCUGAAAGACUCUACAGCAACAUGGUGAAACAGUAUGACGACAAGCCGAGCUCAAGCCCCUCAGCAGACGCCUUUGACGAACGCAUUUCAGUCGUGAAGCUAUCCAAAUCAGGCGGGUGCGUUGACCGCGACGCCGCAUUCCUCAAGACCACCCGCGAAUAUCAAAUCAAGUCUUAUUUUUUCGGCACGUCCGUCAUUUCCCCUUCUCCCACGACCGUCACACUAUCACCUCAUACGUCGCAACUAGACUUCGCCGCACUCUCUGUCUACAAUUACACAGUUACCUCUGCAGAUGACGAAGACGAAGAUGAAUACGAUCCUUCCCAACUCAGCAUGGGCGACUCAUUCGGAGCUGGCGAUAAUAACAACCCAGCAGAAUCAGACCGCGCAACACCUCUCCCUGGUAUCGUCGGUCUCUCAGUUGAUCCUGCCUCCACCCCGAAUCACGCCGGUUCCAGCAAUAUCCCACUUAAGAAGGUCCUCCCACCGGCUCCUCAAGCACUAGCCAAUACCCUCCUGGCAAUCACCCACGUGCCCACCACGGCCACACCUGCUCAAGUUCGCGACGCGAGCAUCAUCGGCUUCCUCUACGUUGCCAGUGUUGAGCCCGACAAGGGCAAGAUUCACGUUCUCGCUCCCGUCGGCGGACGGGUACCUCAGCGAGCCAUGAUAUGGGCUAAGCGUUGGCCUGAUGAAGUUAUUGGGUUGGUAAACUGA